GCCCGCGUGCUUGCGCGGCCAUGGCGCUCCCGCUCACCGCUCUGCGCGUGCUGCUGGGCAGCUUCUUCGCGCUCACGGGGGCGGCCAAGCUCUCGGGGCAGAUCUCCGCUCCGGUGUCGGAGCAGAUGAAAGCCCUGUUCGUGCAAUUCGCUGAGGUGUUUCCACUGAAGGUGUUCGGCUACCAGCCAGAUCCCAUGAGCUACCAAGUGGCUGUGGGCUGGCUGGAACUGCUGGCGGGGCUGCUCCUGGUCCUGGGCCCACCGAUCCUGCAAGAGAUGAGUAACUUGCUUUUGACGCUGCUCAUGAUGGGGGCUAUCUUCACUUUGAUGUCUCUAAAAGAGUCACUGAACACCUGCAUCCCAGCCAUCGUCUGCCUGGGGCUCCUGCUGCUGCUGGAUAUCUGUUAGCUCUAAGUCCUAACCAGAAAAGAUGUCCAGACCCACUAGGAAGAAGUCUCCAAGUCCAUUCACGGAAUCUUGGGAGUAGAGUGUCUCUUGCCCCUUCAGGCCAUGUCACUGUCAAAGCAGAACAUGAUGGAACAUAGAACGUCACCUUGUUGCUCAUACAAACUGGGGUGGCCAGUGUUGACGUAGACAUCUGGUCUACCUGGCCCUGCUUUCUCUCGGACAUUUUACUGCUCUUUUUUUUGGAGAGUCCAUGUUGCACACUCUUAGCAUUCUUCAUGUCAUGUGAAAGUAAAUUUAAAUCACCCAAACUUUUAAUGCCCCCAAAUAACUUGAUACUUUCAAUUCCUUUGUAUAACUGUACCCCCCAGCUUUUUUCUGUGUCUUUAUUCAGAUAUAUUUUUAAUGAAAAUGAGGCUCUAUGUACUGCUUUAUUUUACUUGCUUUCUAAACCUAAUACACUGUAACUAAUACCA